CUGAGAGCCUGCCCUGUGUCCACCUUUGGAGCAGCAGCUGCCUGGGGACCACGGUGGAGCAAAGGGACCUCAGAGGCACCCGAAGAUGAACCUCCUUGCCCAGGUAAAGGGGGAGCCGGUAGGAGAGCACCUGCACCGAGGCAGUGCCACCCCUCUACUGUGGCACCCAGCACCCAGAGACCCUGCAAUGGGGGCAUGACAAGUGUUGAGUCUGGGGAUGUAAGGGUGGCUGCUCUGGGCUGGGGCUGGGUGUUACCAGGGUGCAUGCCAGCAGGGAUGGGUGCUGGAAUGGGGGAUGCUAGAAGGGAUGUGUGCUAACAGGGAUGGGUGCAAGCAGGGAUGGGUCCCAGGCUUGCUCUGCCCCUCUCCCAACAGGUUAGCUCCCUGGUGCAGACCCUGAGAGCCCGGGAUGCGCUGCUCCUCCAACCCCAGCGCUGGCUGGGCUCCUGGGUGAGCAACUCCAGGCAGGCAGUAGCUGGGGCAGCGAGCACAGCGGCAUUCUUCCUCUGCGAGGGGCUGCUGGGCCAGCACUUCAAUGUGGUACCCAAUGGGGUGGCUGAGCCACAGCCUGGGGACCUCUUCCUCUUCCCACUGGCCUCAGGGGGCCCUGGCUGGUGGGGUGCCCACGCUGGUGUCUACUGUGGUGAUGGGGAGAUCAUCCACCUGGAAGGUGAGCCCCAGGAGGUGGUCAUGCUGGGGGGAGGUCCUCAUAAAGGGACAUGGGUACAGCAUCACCUUCACCCCACAGGCAGCUCAGGGAUGUCCCCAUCAGGGAUAGUGGCCAAGCACAGCAAGAGCCACCUCCUGCGGACACGGGGCCCGGCCAAGGUGCUGCGGAGGAAGGGAGGGAUGGAUGUGGUUGCUCUGCAGCAGCGUAUCCGGGUGGCCAUGGACCAGCCGGUGGAGUACGACGCUGUCACCUGCAACUGCAUCCACUUUGCCCUCACCCUGCUGGGGCUGGGCCAGCUCGCGGGUGCCACGGUGGGUGCCACCACCCUGGGAACCCUGACACCCACCCCAGCCAUGUGUCACCACAGCCCAUCUUGUCUCCCAGGCAUCCCCAGCACUGCAGUGAUGGAGGUGGUGAUGUACUCGGGAACAUGCAGAGCUGGAGCAUCCUUCCUGGGGGACCAGUGUUGCUCCAGCAGCUUUGUCCUCCCUCUUGUGUAGCAAUAAAUGGUUGCAUGGAGACC